AUGGCACGCUCAACGACGAGCGACUUUUGCGUGAUUUCAGAGGGUGCAGGUCCGAACGGCCGUCGUGUUCUUGAAGCAGUUCCAGUUCAUUCAAGAUGGCAGCAAUGUAGAAAGCAUCUAUUCAAAAGCGGCUUCGAGGAAUCCGCUGAUCUUGCCGGAAGUGUAUUGUGUUUCUGUGUCAUGUUUCCUGCUGUCUUGCCGUGUCAGGUCCGAACGGCCGUCGUGUUCUUGAAGCAGUUCCAGUUCAUUCAAGAUGGCAGCAAUGUAGAAAGCAUCUAUUCAAAAGGGGCUUCGAGGAAUCCGCAGAUCUUCGCCGAUGGGUUUCAGCAAGAGGUGUCAGUUCAUGUGCCCCAGGGCCUUCAAAGAUUUCCAAAUUGCUUUGACUUUCGCAUGCCACAAAAGUGUGGAUCCGCUUCGUGA